AUGUCACUCAAAGGUAAAACCAUUUUUAUUACAGGUGCAAGUCGUGGUAUUGGCAAAGAAAUAGCUCUUAGAGCUGCAAAAGAUGGAGCAAAUAUCAUUAUUGCAGCAAAGACAGCAGAAGCACAUCCAAAGUUACCAGGUACAAUUUAUACUGCAAAAAAGGAGAUUGAAGAUGCAGGUGGUAAAUGUUUAGCAUGUAUUUGUGAUAUUAGAAAUGAAGAACAGAUAGAGGCUGCUGUUCAAAAGGCUGUAGAAACAUUUGGUGGUAUCGAUAUUUUAAUCAAUAAUGCUAGUGCAAUCUCUUUAACUGGUACAUUGGAAACCCCUUCAAAGAAAUAUGAUCUAAUGAAUGGAAUCAAUGCAAGAGGAACAUUCUUGACAACACAAAAAUGUUUACCAUAUCUAUUGAAAUCAAAGAAUCCACAUGUAUUAAAUAUCUCACCACCAUUAAACAUGGACAAGAAAUGGUUCAAAGGUCAUGUUGCCUACACAAUGGCAAAGUAUGGUAUGUCAAUGUGUGUGUUGGGUAUGGCCGAGGAAUUCAAAGGUCGUGUUGCUGUCAAUGCUUUGUGGCCAAGAACCGCUGUAUAUACGGCAGCCAUGGAAAUGAUUGGAGGUGGUGGUGAAGUCAAAGACCAAUGUAGAAAACCAGCCAUCAUGUCUGACGCUGCCCAUUGGCUUCUUACACAACCAAUCACCUAUACCGGUAAUUUUGCCAUCGACGAUGAUAUCAUUACCAAGGAAUUGGGUAUUACCGAUUUGGAUCAAUACUCCUAUACUCCAGGUGCCUCUCUUAUCACUGAUUUCUUCUUGGAUGAAGAAAUCCCAAAAGCUAAACUUUAA